UUCACGGAUUUUUCUACUUCCAGAUGUGCCUAAUCAGGGCAGUUCCUGGCUCUCUUGCUCUUCCUAGCUCUCUUGUUGAUGACAACCAAAUUCCGACAGUUUGAUCGGACUCUGUAAUGUUCGUCGGGCGAGCACCGAGGCGCAAUGACCCGAUCGGGGGAAAGGAAGGGAGGUUUCCUUGGGUCGGUCUACUGUCAAGUUCCACCUUAUUCAUAGAGCUGUUAUGCUGCAUACACUGCAGUGUGUACUGCUGUAUAUGUGUCAUCUAAGUAAGUAAAAGCACGUCAAGAAGCACCGGUAGCUAUAAAUAAGAAUCUAGUAUAAAUAACCGUCGAAUGACUAUCUUACGGUGGGUGCUCAUGAGCCUGCUAGGCUGCUGCCCUCUAGAGCUGCAGUCAUGCGACAUUUAUACCUACCGAGAACAAUGCAUAACCUGUGGGUACAAGACAAGUUACAUCAUCAAUGAAUGCUCUGCUACCAAAAUCAUGGUUAUUGGGAUCCUCUCUCUACCGGGCGUGGGGUUCUUUGGUGCUAGGCUUAGCUUCUUCUUUCCUCCACAGUCACACCCACCAUCGUUCUGCGCCAAAAAAGGAAGGGAACGAUAUGGAAUCUCCUGGCUGUGUUUCAUGAUAUGCUUGGGAUUUAUUAUGAGUAGUGUCAGUGCUGCUGUAAUAUAGACAGGAUGUUUAGUAAUAUAGAAUAGUUAUCCAAACUUUGCUUUAGUCAGGUUGAUUCAUCCCCUCCCAUGGCGCGGUUGCGAACAUGAUUGGUACCAUCCACAGGAGGCUG